UUGAUGGAGAACGGGACAGAAGUGACACACUUCAUCCUGCUGGGACUGACCAAUGACCCAGGUCUGAAGCUUCCCCUCUUUGUGACCUUCCUGCUCAUCUACACCAUCACUCUGGUUGGGAACCUGGGGAUGAUCCUGUUGAUUCUCCUGGACUCCCGUCUGCACACUCCCAUGUACUUUUUCCUGGGUAACCUGUCCCUGGUGGAUUUUUGCUACUCUUCAGCUGUCACUCCCACAGUCAUGGCUGGGCUCCUUGUAGGAAGUGAGGUCAUCUCCUUCAACGCUUGUGCAGCUCAGAUGUUCUUUUUCACAACCUUUGCUACUGUGGAAAACUACCUGUUGGCCUCGAUGGCCUAUGACCGCUAUGCAGCAGUGUGUAAGCCCCUGCACUACACCACCACCAUGACAACUAGUGUGUGUGCAUGUCUGGUCAUAGCUUCCUAUUUCUGUGGUUUCUUGAGUUCCUCCUUCUACAUUGGGGACACCUUCAGUCUCACCUUCUGCAAGUCCAAUGUGGUCCAUCAUUUUUUCUGUGAUAUUCCAGCUGUCAUGUCUCUCUCUUGCUCUGAUAGACAUGUGAAUGAACUUGUUCUUCUUCCUGUCUGUGCUUUCAAUGUGUUUUUUGCUCUUCUUAUUAUCUUAAUAUCCUACAUAUUUAUUUUUAGCUCGAUCUUAAAGAUGCGCACAGAGACAGGACAUAGGAAGGCUAUGUCCACCUGUGCCUCCCACUUCACUGCAGUCUCCAUUUUCUAUGGGACUCUAAUCUUCAUGUACUUACAGCCCAGCUCCAAUCACUCCAUGGACACUGAUAAAAUUGUUUCUGUGUUCUAUACUAUGGUCAUCCCCAUGCUCAACCCUAUGGUCUACAGCCUAAGAAACAAGGAGGUCAAAAGUGCUUUCAGAAAGAUUAUUGGGGAGGUAGAAUAA